UAUGCUACCUUUAACUCUACCACUCAUUAUUUGAUAAUGGCAUCAGAAACUGUUAUUAAUUUACUGUGUUCAUAUUUUAAUAAAAAUACAAAUGGCCAUGCAUUUUGCUUAUUGGAAAAUUCCUUACCAACUUCUUGUUAUGGCCCUAAAUAAUAAUAUCUGGAGAAUAAUAUAAAUGCCAAAUUAACUUCAUUUAGUACAAUCUAGCUAACAAUUUUUAUGACACUGUUUUUAAAAAGAAAAUUAUAAAAGCGCGCACUACUGGGUAUUUCUAUGGAAUAGCAAAUAAAAGUCAAUUGGAAAUUUCCAUGUACUCUGAUUUCUAGUCUUCUUUAAUCUUUUUGAUAACCUACAAGGUUUAUUUUGUGACAUCAGUAGAAACAUAUAAUACAUGCCAAAGAAUAGAAAUGUGAGACUAUGACUUCGGAUAUUUUAUUGCUAGUAAUAAAAAAAAUAGGCACCUGGACUAAUGAUGGGUGGUCAUAGUGCAUGGGGGUAGAAAUAUGAAAAAUAUAUUCAUUGUCUUCACCUGCAAUUUCUAGAAGUAAAAAGAGAUACUAUGAAAGGAAGGGUAUAAAAGGAAUUAAGGUGCUAAUCUGAAUUCAACUAAAAAUUUGCAACUGUUUGGGAAGCAAAUAUUGAGAGUAUAAAGUAGAAAAAAGCAAAGUGUGGAAUUCUAGGGAAGACUGGAUGCUUUGUGUAGAUGUUAGUUACUAAGCCUUGUUAAACCAGUUUGAGUCGGUCCAAACAAUACACCCAGCUGACAAACCAGGAAGCCUAAUUUGUUUAUCUACCUAUGUCAGGCUAUAUAGUUAGUGUUUUAGGGUUGGAAAACAGAGAUGACCAGUGGCUUCAAUGACUAUCUACAAAGCUUACUUUGUGAAAAAGAAUCUAUCCUGACGGCAUCUCAUUCUGGACAUUUUGAAGUCAUAUAGAUUGCCAAGAAGAUGGGCCAAAAGUCGUCCCGAGAAGUGACUGGGAAGGACAAGCCUGAUCUCUUUGCUGUGUGUGACAUUUUCAGUCGAGCUGUGGUCUAUGCUGCUCAGAAACUGAAGGACUAUCUUGGAUUUGAAGAUCCUCAAAGUAAACUGUCCCCGGAUUCCAACACACUGAAUGAGAUCUUUUUAAUUCAUUUUAUUAGUUUCUGUCACGAAAAUGGAAUGGACAAGAAGAUUACUACUAACAAAAUGACCAAGAAUCAGGCCAUGUUGUUUGGAGCUGACUGGAUCUGGACCUUCUGGGGAUCUCAUAAGGAAAUCCUAUUUCAGCUGGCUGUACAGACUUUACAGAUGUCCACAGCUCUCCAUAAUGAAUCUAAUCCCUGUGACCUGCUGGGCAAGGAAGCGGUAUUAGAUGUGUGUUCGACGGGGGAAAAUCGGUUUGAGAAGAUGGAAGAAUUCUGUAAUUUGAUAGGUGAGGAUUGUCUGGGUUUACUUAUCAUUUUUGGUGUGCCAGGAAAGCCUAAAGACAUCAGAGGAGUUCUCUUGGACAGUAUCAAAAAUGAGGAAAUUCAAAACAGCUUGUCAGGAUUGAAGGCUGUAAAACAUUUUAUCUUAAACACAAAGAACUGUCUGUCUACCAAAGAACUGUUAGAAAACUACCUGUGUAAAAGUGAUCGACUGAAUGAAUUGGGCAAGGUUUAUAUUAAUUUUCUCUGAAUUUUAGAUAGCUAAGUAAGCCAAGCAAACAGAAACCCAUAUGUCAAAGCAAAGAAUUUUAUUCUUUCAAGCGUAACAGCAUUAUUUGACGUGACAUCAUUAUUGCGUGCAUUUAGUGUGUUAAAUGGGUUUAGAACAGCAUUGUAUAAACUGAGAGAUUCACUUCUUUUGGUGGCAAAAAUUAUGGGUUAGCUGCCAUGCUCCAAAUGAUUGUACUGUUGUGAUCAUGAAGAAGGAAAAAAGCCAUGAAGAAACCUUCCUGAAAAAAAAAAAGAAAACACAUGAUUCCAUGCCAUGUAACUUUUGUUCAUUUGCUUAGGAAGCCAAUAAAACAACCUUGAAAGUU